AUGGCCCCCGACGAACAUGACGCAUCGGUGAAGCCGCUCCCGACAUCUUUCCACAACAAGCUGUCCAUGCUUCGGAGCCGGACAGACAGCCUCUUCACAAACCUCAACUUCACACGCACCAUCCCCUCCUCAUCUUCUGCUCGACCCCCAGCCGAUGCCAGUGAACCUCCAUCCAACGCCCCGACACCGCCUGCGCAGUCCGCUCUCGGAAACGAAGAGGACGACUGGGGCAUGGACCUCGGCGGCGUCGGCUACGUCAAGCCCAAGGCGAAAAAGUGGGAUGAGAAUGAGGAGCUGAGGAGGAAGGUCCUAGGGAAGCGGGCCGAGCGGGAGCGCAAGGCCAAGGAGGAGGCCGAGAGCGACGAGGACAAUGAAGGGCGGGGCAGUCUAGGCAGGGAGAAGAAGAACAAGACCAAGAGGCCGCGUCGCGAGGAGACGCCGCCCAACGACGAGGAGCACACAUCAGCACCAGCGGCCACCGUAACAGAGGACGUCACGGACAGGGACGCGGAAUCACAGCAACCGCCGGCAAAGAAAAAGAAGAAGAAGAGCAAGAAGAACAAGGCCAAGAAGACUUCGGAAUGA